AUGGCUCUUGCAAAUGAUCACGUCACAAUUGCUAAAUCGCGGACAUACUACAUUCGUCGAUGGGACAAGCCCGAGGACGUCGCCGCUGCCAUCGACGAAAAGACAAAUGCCAUCUACGUCGAGAGCAUUGGCAACCCGCGCCACAACGUCCCCGACCUUGAGACCAUCGCAAAGCGCCGGCGCGGCUCCUUCAUCCGCCCCAUCGACCACGGCGCAGAUAUCGUCGUCCAAUCGGCCACCAAGUGGAUCGGCGGCCACGGCACCACCAUUGGCGGCGUCAUCGUCGACUCGGGCAAGUUCGACUGGGGCAAGAGCUGCUCGUUUGCUGGUCUUUUCGGGCGCUGCUCCGAAGAGGAAUAG